AUGACCCUACCUCCUCUUCCCCAAAGCGCCGACAAGAGUGCCAUCUGCGCUCGACUUGGGCUGAACGAACAUACACACAAACUGCUACUCAACGAAGCUGUGUUUGCUCGAAACGCUUUGAGCUCAAAUUACCGCAGCCUGACCGAGCAGUCUAGAGCUGACCCUUCCGUGGCAGAGCCAUAUAGAUGGGACGAGAUAUCGGAAACUGCAAAGCAUUCGGAGAUUCUGAAGAUUGUCCGUGAUGCUUGCGCGGAGACGAGACCAUACUAUGACAUGGGUCGUUACUGGACCCAGGUCAAUGAAGAGAACUGGGUUGCAAGGUGGUACCUCUGGCAUAGUUUCCGCUACAGGGAUAACCGACCAAGGGAAAGGGCCGCACCAGGUGGGGUUGGAUCAAAUAACGGCGGUAAGUGUGCUGAACGCAGCUUUACUAUGAUCCAGCGCGCGACUAUUAUCGAGGGUGACCGACGCAAACUUUCCGCUUGUGGCCGUGGCGACUCCCGACGACAGAAGCAAUUCUAUCUGCGGCGGCAUCUCUUGUUGUAG